ACAUGCGUAUACUAUGCUUCAGGAAAUGACUAUUAUGCCACUGGAGAUGACUCUUAUGCAACUGUAGGAUCUUUUGCAGUUCCAGUAGGAGCUAUGUAUGUCAGGAAAUACUUCACUAAGAGCAGUAAACUACUAGCAGAAUAUAUAGUUGGCAAUAUCAAGACUGAGUUUAAGCAUAUGCUUGAUGAGUUAGACUGGAUGGAUGUUGGUACGAAGGUGAAAGCUCAAUUGAAAGUUGAUAGAAUGAAGUCUUUUAUUGGAUACAGUGAGGAGAUUUUGGACAAUAAUAUUCUCGACAAGUUUUAUAAAGAUUUUGUACUUUCCUCAUCAAGUUUUCUUGAAAACUACUUAAAGAUGAAAAGGUUUAGCUAUGAUUAUGCAGCCAAGGAAUUUAGGAAACCUUCUGAUGAACCCAGCUGGAAAACUAAAAGUGCUUCUGCCAUUGUUGAUGCGUUCUACUCUCAGAAUUCGAUUCAAAUACCAGCUGGCAUUAUUGAUGGUGUCUUUUUCCAAGCAGAUCGACCUCAUUUCAUGAAUUAUGGGGCGUUGGGGUCAAUAGUUGGGCAUGAAAUUACUCAUGGCUUCGAUGAUGUAGGAAGUCAAAGAGAUGGGGACGGUAGAGUUAUUAACUGGUGGGCACCAGAAACACUGAACAAGUUCAAGAAUCGAACUCAGUGCAUGAUUGAUCAGUAUUCUAACUUUACUGUUGAGGUGAAGGGUGAAGUGCUGAAGGUCAAUGGUGUCAUCACCCUGGGAGAAAAUAUUGCAGACAGAAGUGGCUACUUACAGGCCUUCAGAGCAUACAACCGGCUUGCUAAAAAUACAGGGGAAGAAAAGGGGUUACCUGGAUUACCCUACAACCCUUCUCAACUGUUCUGGCUCUCAGGUGCUUCUGUUUGGUGCAGUAAAUCAACUUUAGAAAGAAUAAAAGGUGGUAUUAUCUUUGAUCCACAUGCGCCAGAAAAGUUUCGUGUGAAUGGAUCUUUUAAAAAUAUUCCUGAGUUCUCUGAGGCUUGGGGCUGCCCAAAAGACUCUCCUAUGAAUCCAGUAAGCAAGUGUAAAGUUUGGUGAAACCUGCACAGAAUAAGAUUUAAAAUAAUCAUCUUCUUAUAGAGGACGUGAGUCAGACUCUAAUGAAAACUCAUAAAUAA